AAAAAUUGCCUUGAUUUUUUUUCGAUUAAACUCCCUGGAAAGUAAAUUUGACACCGCAGAGAGGUAUAUUAUGAACAACCUUGCCAAAUUGGAAUGGUUCAAAAAAAAUUGUCAAGUAUCUGAAAUGAGGCUUUAAAACUGUGAAAAUUCAGGUGCUCUCUCCACUCUCAAAUGCUUUGGGUGUGUCCGCUGAAUGAAACCAAGUAAAAUACCACUGCUGUAGAUAGCAGUGCAUACAUUCACUGUGAAAACAACGGUACCUUACACAAUGUCAAAUCAUGUUAGGAGGCUCCCCUUCAAAUUUGAAUAGUUACUCCGUGGACUGUAAUCAUCAAAUUAGCACCUAUGCAAACUUACACUCAUUGAUAAGGACUUAAUGUGACUGCAGACUGGUCCCAAAGACGUCAUUGGGCAGCUCGAGUUUUUAUAUCGUGGGGGAGGGGCGGCUCACGCUGGAUAUCCAAGCGCAUCACUGGGCGCCAUUUUGAACACAGCUCAUUUGCCAUGUCUAAGACGAAUGUGAGGAAGCAACACUGGCGUUCCAGGAUGCAGGAUACCUUCGUCCCCUUGAUAGGCUCAUCGGGGGAGCUCGGCGUCGCCGUCGGAGGAGGGGCUGAUUACGGAGAGUUCCCUUUUGUCACGGCCGCCCCGGGGGAUGGACUCACUGUGGGCGACAUCAUCCUGGAGAUCGGCGGAACGCCUGUACUGGGGAUGACUUUGGGAGACGUGCGCGGGGUGCUCAACUCCUGCCCCCAUCCUGUCCGCAUCAAAACUGUGUCGCCAGGCACCACAUUGUGCAAGGAUCUCAGGUUGUAUCUGAGUAAGUGCUUCACACCCGGCUCAGUGGACAGCACACUUCAGCAGGUCAUCCGAGAGAACCUUUACCUCCGGGCUGUACCUUGUACGACCAGACCGCCUAGAGUGGGAGAGAUCUCCGGGACAGACUAUAACUUUGUCUCCGUUGAGGAGUUUUUUUCUCUGGAGGAGUCAGGAGCGCUGCUGGAGAGUGGCAAAUUUAAAGGGAAUUACUACGGCACGCCUCGCCCCGUUCACAUCAGCACUGAGAGCCCCCCCAUCACGUACCAGGAACACCGCAAGCUCCUCAGAACCUUUCGCACGCGCAGCAAGUCGCUCAGCAACCUGGAGAAAGCUGUGGCCGAAGCAGAGCAUGGUGACGAUGACCUGGGCCUCCCGGGUGGACAUCGCUUACCUGGGGAGCACCGGGCAUCAAACGGUGGGGUCGGUUGCGUCCUGGAAAACGGGUUUGUCGGCAACAGGGCCGUAGCCAGAGGCAGAGGUGUAAUGGCAGAUCAUUGGGAGCAGGCCUUCAGCGAUCCGGGCGAGUGUCACUACGUAGACCACAAGACGACCAGCUGGCAGAGUCCUCGAGCUCCGAGCAGGGAGUCGGUCUACCAAAAUGAAUGGUUCACAGAGUAUCCAGAGGAGCUUGAGGGUUUUCUUGUGCACACACAUUUGAUCAAGGGCUCCAGGGGCUUUGGCUUCAACAUUGUUGGAGGCAGUAAGCCAAGAGAGUUCCUUCAGGUCUAUAGUGUGACUUCAAGUGGACCCCCGGACCUCAAGACAGCGGACAUUCUGGUGUAUGUCAAUGACAUUUGUGUGUUGGGAGUGUCUCACAAGAAGGUGGUGGAGAUGCUCAAGUCAAUACCCGUGGGCCACAGUGUGGAUAUAGCAGUCAGAAGAGGAUACCCCAUGCUAUAUAACCCCGACGGGUGCCCCAAACAGACCCCCAGUGAGGACCCCAUCCUACUUCCCACCACCUCGCAGCCUGAGCCUCUUCACCAUUUAUCUCGCCGCCCGACGCCCACUCCCCAGAUCCAUCACUCUAACGGGCUCCACAGCGAUUACAUGGAGCCCGGCGUGAUUCUUGACGCCAAUGGAAACGCCACUGCCUUUGCCAGCAGACAGUCCUCAUUGAGACGCUCCAGUUUGAGCAACACUGCCUCUCCACCCCUUACACGUCCGCCACGUUUCUUGAGAAGUAUAGCCCGACUACAGUCACUUGACCCGACGCUGGCCAGCCAGAGUGACAGUGAAGUUGUCUCUGCUCUCGGUUCACACAGGGCAUCAAUGAUUCGUAAUCACAACAACAACUCCCUGUCCACGCCCCAACAUCCUUUACGUUAUGGCACAUCCACCAAGUCAUCGGAGAGCGACCUAUCCACUUGCACGCUGCCCAUGUCCCGUCUGCCCCUGCCUCAGUCCCCCAAAAGGCCCUCGUCCUCCCCGGGCGGCUCCCGCAGCGGUCACGCCCGCCUCUUCAGACCGCAGCCCUCUCACCUCCAACCUCCUCCGACACCCGAGAGCCCCCAUCACCGGAGCUUAAACGGUUUUCACGGAAAAUGCAGCCCGACGGCCAGUCCCAGCAAGAUGUCGUCUCCUGUCUUACUGGGGGCGGGCGGUGGACUCGGCGGGUUCAGCGGAGGGGAGUUAGUGCCGGUGGCUUUGGCGCAAAGUGAAGCAGACAGAGGCCUGGGUUUCAGCAUGAUGGCAAGUGGGCCAGGGGGCGGGAUGACCGUCGUCAGGAGAGUCUGGGACAGGAAGCAGUGCAGCACUCUACAGCCAGGGGAUGCUAUUGUCAAAAUAAAUGGAGCUGACGUCCAGAGUCUUAGCCUUGCUCAGGUACAAACAGUUCUUCAGGAGCACACCAAACAGGGAGAAGUCAUCCUGUUGGUGUACAGGGGAGGUAUCUACCAAUCCAACAUCUCCCCCGGCAACGUUCGGAGACUACCCCCUCCUCGGCUUUGCCCACCUCCCCCACCUGGUGGCUCGAACAACAGCGCCAAUCACACUGAUGCCUUAUCUGUGCCCCGUAAUUCAAUCGGCACCCCGCCAUCCCCGGCCCAGAUACGUUCCUCGCUGAUCCAGAGCACCAGCUUCUUGGAGUCAAUUCCGGUCACUCUGACCAUGGAGCCCAAGGACUGGAUCAGUGCAGGCCUUCAGGACGACACCGGCAGAGCCACAGAACCAGCUUCAGGCCUGGAAAUGCGAGAAGAAGAGAGGGCCCGACCCCUGAGAGGGUUCGAUGUGGAGCUGAGGAGAAAGCCAGGGCAGGGAUUCGGCUUUGUCAUUGCUUCUCAGGAUCUGGAGAACAUAAAAGCUGCAUCCCUUUUGCCGCACCGCUUUGUGACAGUGCGGCGAGGCAGCCCGGCCGCCAAAAGCGGUCAGGUCCGGCCCGGAGAUCGAUUGGAGGCCGUGGAAGGACGCUCAGUGGUGACUCUGCCUCACCACGAGCUCGCGCAGAUCCUUCGCCGUGCAGGAAACACUCUACGCCUCACCAUUGUCCCCCGGCCCAGCACCUACUCGACAAGCCUUUCAGAACCCACUGAGCAUGACCUCGGGAACAGAAGCAGAAAGGGUCAGAGGUCGCGUCCCAAACGUGAUUCCAGGUAUUACAGUGUCAACUUGGAACGGGGCCCCUCAGGAUUCGGCUUCAGCCUCCGAGGGGGCAGUGAGUACAACAUGAGCCUCUACGUCCUGGGGCUGAUGGAGGGAGGGCCCGCUUCACGCAGCCAGAAAAUACAGGUGAGUGACCAGCUCGUGGAGAUCAAUGGCGACAGCACGGCGGGGAUGACCCACAGUCAGGCGGUGGAGCAGAUCCGCAGAGGAGGCCACCGCAUCCACCUGGUCCUCAAGAGAGGAAACGGAUAUGUGCCAGACUAUGGCCAUGAGCACAGAAUCACCUCCCCCUCCCGCCUGCGUCACCCCAAGGAGCAGGGUAUGGCUGCAGUAGACACCGGAAGGGAGAGGGGGCACCGCUCCAAGCAGAAGAGGAGAAGCAGGUCUUUGGACAGGCGGGACAAAGGGACAGGAAGGAGGCGAAGGCAGGGAUCCGGAGGUCGCUCGGCAUUGCGUAGCCCCAAAUCUGAGCCCGAGAAAGGAGAGAGCUCUCGGAAAAGAGCGUCUCGGAGUUUACCCAGAGAAGCCCCGCCGACCGAUGACAGCCAUGCAGGGAGGGUGAGGAAAGGGGAGAGAGGGAGGAGCAGAGAGAGAAAAGAGGAGAAGGUGGAAGUAGCUCCUGUUGAGGAGAGGCCGGAAGAAAAGGCCCAAGAGAUAAAGAAAGAGCUGGAGAGAGGAGAAAACAAAGAGGAAGCUUUGCUGCCGAUUCCGAGUCCUUACAAAAGGCUUCCCUGGCCCAAAGAGGAGAGCAAGGAGGAGCCAAAUGAGAAGUGGGAAGUGGCAGCAGGCUACCGUCAGAUGAAGUGGCUCCAGGGCUUGCUGGACGAUGAUGAUGAUGAUGAUGAUGAUGACCAGUGUGAAGAAAGGCUCCAAGGGUUUGAGGAAGAUCAGAGUGGAGGUGAUGCACAAGAGGCACCAACAUCUAGUGACGCCGUGACGUUUUCCGUCUCUCAAAGGAAGCCCUUCGCCUUCCUCGCUUCCGCGCUUUCUGUAAAUCAGCUGAGGGAUGAUGAGUCAGACUCCGGAGGCAGCCAAUCAGACGGCAGCGUGUCUGCCGCCAGCAUCUCCGGCCUUUCUGCAGAAGCGGCCAGGCACAGGGCCGUCGUGCUGCCGGGCCUUUGGCUCACUCCCAGCCGGCAGAGAGUGGCUCAGGACGUUGUGGAGAACGGGCUGUCUUUGGGGCGGACGGGCCAGGAAGCAGAGAGGAGUGAGGAUGCCUCUUGACUGCAACAGGAAGUUAUAUAUAACAGAAUAAUCCAGAACAAUAUUCCCAGUGGUUCCCAACUAUUGUUGAGCCAAUGCAAAACACUGCUGACAAAAAAAGGUUGUAUUGGGCUUUCAGGUGAAAUUUCUGGAUGAACCUAAAAUGCACUAUAACCUAUACAGGUGAACAUAAUUUGACGUUCUCAAAACUUACACGUGUCCAAAAGUUCAAUGUCAUAACAUCAUAAUUUUGAAUCGCCUCAAAAACCAGUGGCCGCCCAUCGGACCAUCAGCCGUCCAUGAAAACUAGCUGCCCAACCCCGCACGUUGUGCAACAGUCCAGUCGGGUUCAAACGUAUCAUUCGGUGUGCAGCGGCCUUAACAUGGAGAUGAACUGUUGAAAAAAAAAAAACGACCCAAAAAACUGGUUUUUGAUGUAUUAGUCCAUUCAUGGACCCAACAUUGUACUGAAAAACAUUGAACAGAUGUACAUGCACGUACAUGUGCAUUCAAAACAUUAGAAGGUCAAAUAAAGUUGACCUGUAAAGAUUAAAGGUAACGUUUUGUGAGUACUGUUGUGUAUUUUACAUUAGAAAAAGCUCACAGCACAUAACCAAACAAAAAUGUCACAAACGGUAUGAAGUAAUGAUGAUUUGGUCUCAAUUCAUUCCCGAAUUUACUCAUUCAAAUGUGUAAUCUGGACUUGUUUAGCUAAAAAGAAAACUGAUCAAACUCGCGGAAAUUGAAGAAAGACACACACAGAUGUCAACUCUAAGUCCCUCUCUUUUUUUAGUUUUUCUUAGUGGCAGCCACAUUUGAAGGAAGGUAAAAUAAUAAUUUUCGGACCCAUUAAGUGAAAUUUUAUCAUUUCCCGCGGUUCAUUUGAUGUCACUAACGUGCUGCGGCACAGUGGUUGGGAAUCAUUGCUGUAUUCUGCUUGUCGGUCCAAUUGUUUCACUGUCUUAGAUAUUUUUAUGUGGAACCAUUGUGUCAGUUUGGCUCUACAGUCAUCUACAGAGUGGAAUAUUUGCACAAGAUGAAUUUAUCAUUUCAAAGAUGCAAUGAGACACAUCUAUGGGGUAAUGCAAUUCUCAGGUUGUGAGAUAGUGUCCUUGCUCGUUUGACAGAUCGUCAUCCUCCCAUGUCCAAUUAGUCCUCUCUCUGUUUCCUCGUCUGAUCUGACACUGGAGUCGGAGGUCAUUGUCCCCCCAAAAUUAGAAAAAGACAAACAUGGAUUGGACAAAUUGAAAUUGCUGCUUUACCGGGAAGCCGUUCUGGAUUUCCUUCCCAAAGUUUGACGUUGCAUUCUUUGUGCCUUUUUACAGCUGAGUGUUGGCUGAUAUUUCAAGUUGUACAGUCAAGGCCCAUUACAGGUACUUUCAUGUUUUUUCUGGGUCAAUAUGGCCCUCAUUCUGGUGUACUCCUGUCUUAACAUUUGUUCCAGGGUAAUAACAAUAACAGUAUAGACAUAUUGUAUGUGAACUUAAACAGAUGUUGCUGUCCCACUUAAGUCCACUAGAUGUCAGGUGUCCAAAUUGUUACUGACUGUCAAAACAAAUCAAAGAAGGCAUUCCCGCCAAAUAUGGACUAUUUAUGCUAAUACUAAAAAUAACACUAACAGCAAUAUACAGUAGUAUCUUGACUUACGCGUGCACCAACAUAUGAGUUUUCUGAGUUACGUUUGUUUCGCUAUGUGCUGCGAGCAUUUGAGGUCCUAGCGACCUUCUGAAUGCCGCAACAUUCACUCAACAAUAUCCGCCCAUGUAGUUUUCAUAUUAACUCAUUCACUGCCAGCCUUCCUAGUUAACAUGGAUAUUUGACUUCUAAAGCCGUCAAUGGCAGUGAAUGUGUUAACUUUCAUUUUCCCAGUUUGGGAUUUCAGUUCAUUUUUCAACUGAAUUGUAUUUAUUUACAUUUAACAAUGGAAAAUGCUUCUUCUUUUUUAAUACGUACUGUACCUCUUUCCUUUUCCCAUUUCUCUCAUCUGUCCUCUCCUCUACUGUAUAUAGUAUAUGCUCCUCUACAAAACCUGCAUACAUGUUCACUUUUACCUCAUCACAACUCCAAGCAAUAAUAUUGCAACUGUCACCCAUCCGUUUCUGUGUCAGUCUGGCGUGUAGUCUGUACACACUUGACUAUAUGCUGGUGUUCUAUGUAAUUGUGAUCACGCAAAUCCCCUUUUCUUACAGGUGUGAUAUUCUGCAGUCAUGUACAUUCUGUAAAUAUGCGUAGAGAGGUUUAUGUGUAGAAUAUAUAAUGAAUCAUCCCUGAAUAUCUAUAGUUCACGCAACAGAUAUCCAUUCAUGUUGUUUGUUGCGUGAUGAAAAAUAUUAUAGAGCUUUUGUGAAGGACCUAGUAGAUCAUACCAGCCUGUUGGGUUUAUGAAAGAUUUCUUUUACGCAACCUGAGUGUGAAUUUGGAUGCUCACUUUUUAGUCAGUGAGAAAUGCCAAAAGUAUGCAGCAGGUGGGCAUAUUGUAAGAUUUGGGAUCAGAAGAUAAGCACUGUCUGGAGUCUGGAGAGUGCUGUGCCCAUUGUGCCAUGUGCCAUUGCCUUGGUAACACAAACUCCUUCAUCCUGACCACUGUCUUACUGUGAAAGUUGUAAUAUCAACUAAAUGUGGCCCUCGCUGUAAAUCAGUCUGCAAUUCUUCAUUAGUCACUCUGUUGUAUCUGAGAUUACUUUUUGUUUUGUGUUACGACAAUACGAAAAGCAUUAUGAAGAGAUACUGUGAGAUGUUAUUUUUCUAUGAAAUAACUUUUUGUUUUUAAUUACUCAGGUUAUCAGAUACUUUAGAUUGAAAAGCCAUUCUGGAGGGAAAGUUGCACAUUUUCAUAACAGAUUUAUAUUAUUUACGACGAGGCAAUCAUAUGACCUUAAUGGCAACAUCAGGGGACAUACACUCAUUUAGUUCUGGAAAAGUCCCCUUUAUACAUUACUGGAUUUGUCCCCUAAAACGAUCAAAUCCUGACAGAGUGACACAGCCAAAUCCCCAAACCAUGUCCAUAAAGUAUCACUUGAGUUUUAUAACCAAUUUUCAUUUUUUUAAUACUUUCACUUCACGAAGCAGAUUAUAUGUCUGAAGAGUAAACACAUUCAAAUAAAGUUCUGACUUCAUAUCAUCA